CCGUCUCCCGUCGUCGUCUCCGUUUGCCUACUGCGUAUGUCUGUUCACCCACUCACCUACCGCGAGUGCGUCUGCGUCUCCAUCAGCUCUCUCCACUCCAGAGUCCCACCCCCAAGUCCUAGAACCACGUCUCCAGACUUCUUUUCUCUCCCCGUCCCUUCCAUUUGCCUUGGCCGUGUAUUCCCCUGACGCCGGUAAUCAAUCGAGCAAUCAAUUGCCAACCUUCGUUCUCCAAUCUCUCCUGUCCAAUCUCCAGGAUGACCGACGCUCGCUUGAAUCAAUCUUAGACGACAAAACUCUUUUGAAAUCAAUUCUCUGCCGCUGCGCCCUACCUUUGCGACUACCCAAUUGUUUUUCAACUAACCCAUUCCGUUGCCAACACCUAUCGUCCUCCACGCGAACUCUGCCCACCUCGCCGCGAAACACGACGAUCCUCCAUUGCGACUAGCCUUGUUGUAGGCGUUUUCGAAAUUCCUCCACCGUGACCACCAAGGGAGCAAAUCUCGAAAGAACAAACAACCGACUCGAAUCGAUCAAACGAACGAGUCCCAAGGCGCCGUACCACCACCACCACGCUUACUCGACCUCGAUAACGAUUUCUCUAUCACCAGCCGGGUUUCCUUCGCCCAUGCUAUAAUCCCGCCACGCCUUCUGCCUUCUGCAACCGACCUACGCCAAACCUGCCACGAGAAACCCGCAGCUUGACUGCGCCAGCUGCUCCUCAUGGGGAAAAAAUGGCGAUAUGGAAUCAUCUUUGAUGCUGGUUCCUCGGGCACACGCCUGUACGUUUACAAAUGGAAGGACCACGCCAAAGCCAUAAAGCAUGCCACUGUGGAAGAGCUUCACAGUCUGCCCAAGAUCAAGCUGCAGACGAGCGAAAAGAUUCGCCCUGGCGUGUCCUCCUUCGCCGAGAAGCCAGAAGAGAUCGGCCAUGGACACCUGGAAUCCCUCAUCAACUUGGCCCUAAAGGAGGUUCCCGACAAGAAGGUUGCCGACACGCCCGUCUACCUCAUGGCCACGGCCGGCAUGCGUCUCCUUCCCGACCACCAACAAAAGGCUCUCCUCCGCAACAUGUGCUCCUACCUACAGCAAAACACGCGAUUCUCGCUACCCGACUGCAAUACCAACAUCCAGGUAAUCUCUGGGGAGACCGAGGGUCUGUAUGGCUGGCUCGCUACAAACUAUCUGCUUGGCGGUUUCGACCACCCCGACAAGCACACGCACGGCAAAGGCCACCACACAUACGGCUUUCUGGACAUGGGAGGUGCCUCGGCGCAGAUUGCGUUCGCGCCAAACAGCACAGAAGCUGAGAGGCAUGCCGACGAUCUGAAGCUUGUUCGCUUGCGCACCCUGGACGGCAGCACCAUUGAGCACAGGGUCUUCACUGCCACCUGGCUUGGCUACGGCGCGAACCAGGCCCGCGAGCGUUAUAUCGACAAGCUCAAAGAACAGUACGGCAAGCCCAACGACCUCGAGCUACCGGAUCCGUGCCUCCCUGCGGGCUUGCGAACAAACGUCAAAGGCGACCCUGUCGAGGCUGAGUAUGUGGGCAAGGAACUCUCCCUACUCGGCACCGGCCGAUUCGACGAAUGCCUGCGCCAAACCGAGCCUCUCCUUGGAAAAGACACUCCGUGUACAGAUGAGCCUUGCCUCCUCAACGGCCAGCACGUACCAAACAUUGAUUUCGACGUGAACCACUUUGUCGGUGUCUCGGAGUUUUGGCACACGACCCACGGAGUAUUCGGAAAGGGUCACAAGACGGCAUACGACUUGGCAACAUACCAGAAGAACGUUGUGGACUUUUGCACACAGAAUUGGGUGGAUAUCGAAUCCAAAAUUGAUGCGCGAAAGAAGUCUUCUGCCCAGAAAGCAAAGAAUGCCCAGGAAGCCUGCUUCAAGGCGUCCUGGCUCAUCAACGUCCUUUACGAAGGAAUCGGCAUUCCGCGACCAGGACUCGAACAUACGCCGCAACCCGGUCUCAACGUUACGAAGGGUACCCUGGAGGAAGCCAAGGAAAAAGGGUUCGUCGAUCCCUUCCAGCCAGUCAACGAAAUCGAUGGCGUCGAAGUCAGCUGGACUCUGGGUAAGAUGGUGCUGUAUGCCGCCGGUCAAGUCCCCCCUUCAGGAAGUGCCCAGCCUGUUGGCUUUGGAAGCAACGUUGCCGGCGCGACCGACUUUGAGCCCGCGGGAUCCAAGUUCUCCCCUAUAACGAUCGGAGAUAACGACGACGAUGACGAUUGGGAUGCUGAUGAGCUCCUGGACAAGGCGAAGACGAAAUCUGGAUCUGGUUUCCUGGCUUUCAUCCUGGUUCUGGUUGUCUUGGCCUUUUUCCUGCGCAAGCGAGACCGCCGAGCACGAUGGUUCGGCAAGGUUGCGUCUGCCGUUCGUGGAACGAGACGUCCGGGCAGUCCUCGCAAGUUCGGGCGGGGCUUUUCAUUCACCAACAAGCUUUUUGGACGGUCAUCGGCAACCUACGAACGAGUUCUUGAAGAGGGCGAUGCCGAUCAGUUCGAGCUAGGCUCCGUCGACUCUGAUGAGAACGAGCACUCUGACAGCAGCGAGGGCUCCAGGGCAGGUCAUUCUUCCGGCCUUGCCACCCCGAAACUCAACAUUGAGCGAUUCGACGACGCUCGGCCAACCUUUUCGAUGGACCGAGGUGGUUUGGCAGUGAGAACGGAGAGCAGAGAGAGGCUGGUACCAAGUCUGGUGAAUGCUGGACGUCGCAGUCGCGCUGGUAGUCCGACACGACUGAAGAGUCCGCUUAUGAAGCCCUUGGAUGAGGAUUAAGUAACAGAGAUGCCUGCUAUACGCAGUGUAAGAUUAUGCAUGCCUGCUAGCGACUGGAUGGGGAUUUCACCUGGGUGUUUUUUUUCUUCUUCUUGUUCAUUCUUCUGGAGACGGCGUUUAUCAGGCAAGAUGGAUUGGCCCAGCAUCAAGGCCCCUCUGGGCUUUUCGGAAUGGAGGCAGUUAACGGCGUUUCGUCACACGGGAAGUGUCACCGGGCCGCUUUAGACGAGAGAUUGCUUUUUCUUUUGGGAGGCAUUGCAUGGCAUUGAGCUGUCGCAGACUUGUUUGUUCCUCUUCUGCGUUGGGUGUUGUACAACGCCGAAUCGCCAGUCCUUUCCAGACCAAUUUUUCAAACGGAUGACAAUGAAGACUAGACUGGGUUUGUCUACGUGUCUUGAACAUGAAUACAAUGAAAUCAUCUAUUCGGGUAUCAGAUUAAGAGUGCUAUGUACUAGGUAAAAGAGGAACAUGUGAGUAAAUGGCGGUGGGCAUCCUCAGUCUUGCGGUCUUUCGAGGAAGCUCGGAUCGGACCGCACGCGACUUUCAAACUUUUUCCACCACUCUUCGAAUGCCUUGAGCGGGACGACCUCGACACCUCCCGGGCCGGCCGUGCCGCUGAAGCUCGCGAGGAAGUUGAAGGCGUUUUUGAUUAUGUUCUGCGCCAGAAGCUGCGUGGACGGCUGGGAGGAAGCGUUGGAGGAGGAGGAGGAGGCCUUGUUGGCGGAGAUCUCUUGGAUGCGGGAGAAGACGGACUCGGCGGGCUCGACCGAGACGCCAAUCAUGACGCUGGGGUCACCGCCGUUGUUGGCAUUGCUGCCGGCGUUGAGUUUAAAGGUUGCGCUUUCUUUGCCGGUGCCGAUGCCGCCGAGGAACUUGAAGUUCGGCGUCUGGCCCGUUGCGGUGGCGGCGGCGACGUCGGCGGCCGUGGCAAAGUAGAUUGCGGCUGCGGUGUCGGGGGGCAGGACGAUGCCUGGGAGGAGCAUGACUGUGAUGUGGGAGAAGGGUCUGGCGGCGGAGAUGGAAUAGAGGAAGGAGGUUUCCGAGGGCGCCGAUGUUGGAUCCGUCAGCAGGGGCUGGCCGGCCGGGACGAUGCCGAAGAGUGGGCCGGACAUGGUGGUGGACGUAGAGGUAGAGUGCCUUCAAUGAUGACUUGGAUGGUGUGGAAGGCCGUUUGAUAGCGUCCCUUGCGCGACUCUGAAAAUUUGGUCGAAGAGGGUGAGAUAUCGCUUUGAAGCUUUGAAGCAAGUAACUUAGCUUGUUGGCUGUGUAUCAAAGACAUGAGCUUCAAAAGCGAAGGAUUACCAGCGUAAUUAUACAAAAAGGGGAGCUUCUCAGAGGAAGACCAAGUCUAAGGCUUCAGUGCUUGAGGACUCUGCGAGAGAAUGAGGCUGGCGAUGAGGUGAGAAGCACCGGGUCAAGUACAAUUAUU